UGUCAGAAAUGCUAACAGCUCCUGUUGUUAGCUUCGUUUCGUCCAAAACUGAAGCUUCUCGGUCGUUUACUGGUUAUUUUAACUUCAAAUUUCAUUGUAAUUUCACUUUCAGGCUGUGACGAGUCAACACGCUGUGAAAAGAAUGUAGUUUGUAGUUAUAUCCGGAUUAAAUCAAGUUAACGCGGGUUAUUAUUGGUGUUUUUAGCCUGUUUGAUGGGACACAAGCAAACAGCUGCUGUCUGAUGCUCAGUGUCCGGGUGCAGCAGCCUCCGGCCGGUUUCUCCUCCCAGGAUGAUCAAGUUCGUGCUGAUGGUGAACCGCCAGGGUCAGACCCGACUGUCCAGGUAUUUCCAGCCGGUGGAUCUGAGCAGGAGGGCGGCGCUGGAGGCCGACGUGGUCCGAUGCUGCCUGAGCCGCAAGAAGGACCAGUGUUCCUUCGUGGAGUAUAAGGACUUUAAGCUGGUGUAUCGUCAGUACGCUGCCCUGUACAUCGUGGUCGGGGUCACAGACAGCGAGAACGAACUGUCCAUCUACGAGCUGGUGCACAACUUUGUGGAGGUGUUGGAUAAAUACUUCAGCCGCGUGAGUGAACUGGACAUCAUGUUCAACCUGGACCGAGUUCACGUGAUCCUGGACGAGAUGAUCCAGAACGGACACAUCGUGGAGACGAACAAGAACCGCGUCCUCGCUCCUCUCACCGCCAUCGACAAGAUGGCCGACAGCUGAGGGAGCCAUGCGUUAAUGAGCAGAUUAAAAUAAACGAGGCUCUGGAACGUUUCCUGGAUCCUCUCAGCUCCACCAUGUUUGUAGUUUUUGCUGUGAGGCCGGAGGAAAUCAGAGGAGCUGAUGUGAGACUGAACUUUUAUCUGGAAUAAAAACAGGACGGAUUCAAGUUAAAGACGAAAUGAACGUUUCUGAACUUUUACGUCGUCGUCUUUAAACCGACGGAUGGAAAAUAAAUCUUGUCUCAGGACGAAGUCACGUCCUUUCAUUCAUUAAACGUUUAAUUGUCCAAAUAAAGUUUUCUGAGUUAAGUGUCUCCUCGUUUUUCUCUCUUAAAUCUGUUUAAAACAUAAAUACAGAGAAAAUGUCGAAAUUAAUUAUGUGAAUAUUGAGUAAAUUUCCCAAAAUAUCAAUUUUAAAUUGUGAAUAAUAUAAAUGUCUGAAAGCGUCACAAUAAUUUAUAAAAAUGUACCAAGAAAAAAAUCCGAAGAGUUCUGAAUAAAAUCUAAAUGAAAAUAAUAAAAUCCCCAAAAUAUUUGAAUUUGAAUAGAAACAUAUUUUAAAAAUUCCGAUAAAAAUACUUUUGAAGUUUGAAAAUGAGCAGAUAUAAACUUAAAAUGAUAAAAUAUUUCUUUCACCACAGACCACAGGACUCUGCUUAUUUUCUUUACUUCAUACUUUGCAAACAUUUUAAUGAUUAUUUUUUUUGGAGCAUACACAUUUGAAAAUAUUCGUUUACCUCAAACUGCAACUUGAGUUAAAUAAAUGUUUAUAAUAUACAAAGAAAAUACAGGGAGAGCAGAGCCGUCGGACUUCUUCGUUUUUCUCAUCGAUGCUUCUCGAACCAGUGUCUUCGUCUCGGUAGCUUCGUCGUAAAAAGGAAAAUAAAAUAAUAAUUAAAAAAAAAAAAA